CAUGAGAAGGCUAUCAUAACCACUUUAGAUGUCAUUGAUGGAAAAGAACAAAGAGAGCACGCAGCGCAACUAGAACACUUUCAGAUUUCUAUGAAUCAGUUACAAGAGCAUGUCGAGUGGUGCCAGCGCAUCUUACAGAGGAAGAAAAGUGUUCAAAUUUUGAAAGAGCAUCAUGCUCUUAUUGAAUGGUGCAGAGGUCUUUUAAGAGCAGAGAAACGGAACAUUUAUAAGCCAUCGCAUGUCAGAUACCAGAUAAAUGAAGAACAUGUGGGUAUUGUGAGAAGCGCAGCUCCGGUGGUGGGUGGAAUUGUUGUUAGUAGCACAGAUCCUUUGCAGUCAGUAGCUGAAGGGACAGGGUUACGGGAAGGUGAGGUCGGAAGCGAGGCAACAAUUACAAUAAAAACAAAAGAUUUUGAUGAAAAACAAUGCUACGAUAAAAACGAUCAAAUUCAAGUAAUAGUUCAGUCCCCGUCAAAAGAAGUAGUCAGGCACAUGAUUGCCCGCUAAGAAGAUGGUGAUUAUAGUGUCACUUACACACCAGACUGUGUUGGACAACAUGAAGUGCAGAUUGCGGUCAACGGUCAAUCAUUGA